GUGCGUCUGCCUCCGCUCAGCCCUCAUUCAAAACACAGCACAGCUGUUGAGAAGCGCAUCGUCGUGCCCUGAGCGUCAGCCUACAGACUGUAGAGCUGUGUGUUUGUCCUCUCAUGUACUUGCUGGAAUAUCGAACGAAAAAAGAGGAAACCGGAGCACCUCGCUUUCACAGAGACGGAAGGAGUGAGCAUCAGAGAAAGCCGGGCACUGAUAGCACUAUGUGUAUCUGACACACAUCUGAGGGCCAGGCAGGCGUUGCUAUAGCUGAGGAUGAUGACUGGUCUCCUGUGCUAAAGCUAGAGGGUGUGGGAAUGAUGGACCUCCCUAAUGGCCAAUCAAGCAUCACCAACACUGCUGCCACUGUCUCUGAGAAGAGCAGCAGCUCAGAAUCUCUCAGUGAUAAAGGAUCUUCAGAGCUGAAAAAAAGUUUUGAUGCUGUCGUGUUCGAUGUGCUGAAGGUCACUCCUGAAGAAUAUGCUGGCCAGAUUACGCUCAUGGAUGCUCCUGUGUUCAAAGCCAUCCAGCCAGAGGAGUUGUCAAGUUGUGGCUGGAACAAGAAGGAGAAGCACAGCUCUGCUCCGAAUGUUGUGGCCUUCACCCGCAGGUUCAACCAGACAAGCUUCUGGGUCGUACGAGAGAUCCUCCAUGCACAGACGCUGAAGAUCAGAGCUGAGGUGCUGAGUCUGUAUAUUCGCACUGCCAAGAAACUGUGUGACAUUAACAACCUCCAUGCAGUCAUGGCUGUGGUGUCAGGGUUACAGAGUGCUCCCAUUUUCAGGCUCACUAAAACGUGGGCGUUACUGAGUCGGAAGGAUAAAGCAACAUUUGACCGGCUCGAUUACCUGAUGUCCAAAGAAGACAACUAUAAACGUCUGAGAGACUACAUAAGCAGCCAGAGCAUGGUCUCUUGUAUACCAUACCUAGGGAUGUACCUGUCUGAUCUGACAUAUAUAGACUCAGCCUACCCUUCCACGGGCAGCAUACUGGAGAACGAACAGAGAUCGAAUCUAAUGAACAACAUUCUCAGAAUCAUAUCGGACCUGCAGAGAUCCUGCACCUACGAUAUACCAGUGUUGCCUCAUGUACAGAAGUAUCUCAACUCCGUCAGGUAUAUCGAGGAGCUGCAGAAGUUUGUGGAGGAUGACAACUACAAGUUGUCACAGAAGAUAGAGCCAGGCACCAGCACACCAAGAGCAAACGCCUCCAAAGAGGAUCUAGUUGGACAGGAAGCGUCGGCGUCUCCUCUCUGCGGCCGCAAGUGCACGGUAGUAGCAGAAGGAACCAAAGUGCCGGCCACUCCUCCAUCCCCCAGGAACCUGCUGCCCUACGGACACAGGAAGUGCCACAGCCUGGGAUACAAUUUCAUCCAUAAAAUGAAUACGGUAGAGUUCAAAAGUGCUACGUUUCCCAAUGCCGGUUCUCGCCACUUGUUGGACGACAGCGUCAUGGAGAGCCACAGUCCCACCAGAGGUCAGGCAGAGAGCUCAACUCUGUCUAGUGGUAUUUCUCUUGGGAGCAGUGAGGGCUCCGAGCUCAGUGAGGAGGUCUCCUGGCCGGCGUUUGAAAGGACUCGGUUCUAUCACUCUCUGGGCCCAGUGACCCGAGUGGCCCGCAUCCCCUACAGAGGAGUCCUGAGGCCCAGCAGCUCUGCUGAGUCGGAGGAGCUCGCAGUUCACUUGUACCCCGGAGCGGUCACGGUGCAGGGGGUGCUGAGACGGAAGACGGUGCUCAAAGAGGGCAAGAAACCAACUGUGGCAUCUUGGACCAAAUACUGGGUCGCUCUGUGUGGAACUCAGCUCUACUACUACCCCGCCAAGUCCUUGAAGCCUACUGAGAGAAAACAUUUCAAGUCCACCUCCAGUAAGAGUGUUUGUGUGGUUGGUCUGAUGGUCAUGAUGGCAGACGAUCCCGAGCAUCCUGACGUCUUCUUGCUGACUGACUCCGAACAUGGUAACACCUACAAGUACCAGGCCGGGAACCGAGGGAACGCACAGCUGUGGUUCAAACAUCUGAGCGCAGCCUGUCAGAGCAACAGGCAACAGGUGCCAGCCAACCUGAUGUCGUUUGAGUGACCUUUGCUGGGGAGAGCGACUGAGCAGAGGAGAGACGGGGACGAGGAAGACGUCGAGGAGGAUGAAGAGAAGCGCCGACUCUGUCGUGGGAGCUUUCACUGCCAUGAGCCCUGACCGCAGACGCUCCGGUUCUAGCCCUGGCCUCACUGCAGCCUCACCUGCCACCACUGCCUUAACCAGAGUUCCUGCAUGCGUGCGUGCGUGCGUGCGUGCGUGCGUGUGUGUGUGUGUGUGCGUGAAUGCCAGGUCGUGUGGGUGGAAGUGACUGUCUGGAAGUAUUGACUACUGAACAAGGACCUGCACCACAGCUCUCGUCUCCCGCUUGCUCCUCGUCAUUUGUUCAGCACUUCAGUGGCGCCCCGUUCACUCCUCCUCUCCCACCGAAACAAUACUCAGUUCUAUUGUUUGUCGUCCCCCCCCCCCCC